AUGGAGCUGUGGCACACGUUCACGCCGCCGGCGAAGCGAGGGCGAGGCCUCGCGAAGAUCGUCGUCGACGCCGCGCUGAGGUGCGCGGCGUUGAACGGACUGACCGUGGACGCGACGUGCUCGUACGCGCGCCGGGUCCGCGACGCCGCCGCCGCGCCGGCGGCGGCGCCCGCGCCGGCGAAGGACGCGCGCGCGACGAAUCAGGAGAAGAGUCAGUCCCCGCCGCCGCGGAAGCGACGGAGGUCGACGACGACGCCGGAGUCGACCAGCGCGCAGGGGAUCGCGCUGCUGCAGCUCGCGGCGGCGGCGGCGACGACGACGACGACGCGCGGCGGCGGCGGCGGGUCGACGACGGCGGCGGCGGAAGCUGGAACGUCAACCGUCGCCGUCGCCGCGACCGCGGCCGCUGUCCUCGAGAGUCAGCAGUGCGCGCACGGACGACGGAAGAGCCGGUGCAAGGACUGCAACCCCGCGGGCGCGGCGCGCGCGAGAGAGAGCGGGCGGUGCGUGCACGGGCGCGUCAAGUCGCAGUGCAAAGAUUGCGGCGGCGUGUCCAUCUGUCAGCACAACCGCCUGCGCGCGAUGUGUAAGGACUGCGGCGGCGCGUCGAUAUGCGUGCACAAGCGCGAGCGGUACUACUGCAAGGAGUGCGGCGGGAACGGGAUCUGUCAGCACGGGAAGGUGCGGUCGCGGUGUAAAGACUGCGGCGGGAGCGCGAUUUGCGCGCACGGGAGAGAGCGGCGGUACUGCCGCGAGUGCGGGGGGAAGUCGAUAUGUCCGCACGGGCGACAGAAGAGCAAGUGCAAGGAGUGCGGUGGGGCGUCGAUAUGCUCGCACGGGCGGCUGAGGAGUCAGUGCAAGGAGUGCGGCGGCGCGUCCAUUUGCCCGCACAAACGGCUGAAGCACCGGUGUAAGGAGUGCGCGGCGGCGGCGGCGGCGGCGCGCGCCGGGAGCGGCGAGGGGGCGCGUCCUGCGAUACCUCGCCUGCCGCCGCCCGCGCCGCCCGCGGCCAGUUGA